CACACACACACACACACACUCACCCUGGGCAGGAAUGUGGAAACGGGUCCAGUCAGUCAGCGCUGCACGUUGCCGCACCGCACAGGAGUGAAUAAUUGAUCUUCGCUUCGGUUAAACACACUGAUGAGUAGGAAGUGAUUUGUGAGCGGAAUCUGCGGUCACUUUUUUUUGCAUUCGCGUUACUAGAGUCGAGCACAUUUCUUUUAUCUUUUCCUCGACUGCAGAAAAAGUUUGCUUUGAGACUCAACACAGCUGGAGUCAGCGGAUGGGAAUAACCUCACAGCGCACACCGAGCCCACCUUAUCCCGGAGGUCUCCCAGCAUGGACCCCGAGUCACUGAGAAGGUGAAGACUGCUGGUGUUAAAUGCUCACUGCAAGACUUCCCACAACACAGCGACUGCUCAUAAAACUGCUGUUAGUUUGGUGACUGUGCAAGCCGUUCCCAGACUGUUUACCAUGGCGUCUAGUCUGACAUGUACGGGUGUUAUCUGGGCCCUGCUGUCCCUGCUGUGUGCUGCUGCCUCCUGCGUUGGCUUCUUCAUGCCAUACUGGCUGCUGGGGACACAGAUGGAUAAACCCGUCUCCUUUGGCACCUUUCGGCGCUGCUCCUACCCGGUGAGGGACGAGGAGAGGCAGGCCACAGUGAUGCUGGAGCAGUGUGGGCGCUACGCUUCCUUCCACGGCAUCCCGAGUCUAGAGUGGAGGAUCUGCACGGUGGUGACGGGCGUGGGAUGCGGCCUCCUCCUGCUGGUGGCGCUCACAGCUCUCAUGGGCUGCUGCAUCUCUGACCUCAUCUCACGUACGAUUGGUCGUGUAGCCGGUGGCAUCCAGUUUGUUGGAGGUCUGCUCAUAGGAUCUGGCUGUGCACUCUAUCCACUGGGAUGGGACAGCGAGGAAGUACAACAGACCUGCAACAACAGCUCAGACCAGUUUCAACUAGGUUCCUGCCAGAUCGGCUGGGCGUAUUACUGCACGGGGGCGGGGGCGGCGGCCGCCAUGCUGCUGUGCACCUGGCUGUCCUGUUUCGCCGGGAAGAAGCAGAAGCAGUACCCGUACUGAAGAGUGCGUCCGGGAGACGUGGACGGGCGUGUGGUGCGAUGAAAGGGAGAGGACUCUGACUCUGUGGACUCACACCAGUACAGCACACCAGGCACCAAAGACACCAAGUCAUUAUGGUGCUCUGCACAUCAUGGGACACUUCUACUCAUCCGACAACUGCAGGGACUGAUUAGUUAUGCAGCACACACCCACACACACAUGGCUUUGAAAACUGGUUAUUCUCAUAAAGGUUGCUCUUAAAUGAAUAAUGUAUGGACCAAUACUAUUUGUAAAAGUGUUACAUAGCUAUUUCCUUAACAAAAAGAGUAUUCUCUUUUUUUGUCUUUUUUGUCUGUGAUAGUGUGCCCCGUGAUGAAGAAAAAAGUAUAUUGCUUCCUUGUUUGUGAAGUGUUUGUGUCUUCAUGUUUCAUUCUUGCCUUAAAACACAAAUGCAAUAAUCCCUAUAAAGUAAAGCAACCCAACAGCCAGCUGUCGGCUUCCUCAGCUCAGCUCAGCUUUUUCAGAUUCCAAAAACCUAAGCAUAGUUUAUUUAACACAUUCAUAAGAGGUACAUUGUUUAUGAUGAUGUAUUUUAUCAUAUAAGCACAUGUUUUGUAUUCACUCUUCAAAUUAUUCUUUGUCUGUGUUUUCGUUUUGUAAAUAAAUGUUUAUUGAAAUUCUGGAUUUAGGUGUUAUUUCAGUCACAGAAUUCGCCCCGAGGUAAAGUGAACAGGCCUGCACUCACAUUCCUAAAAAGCUUUUCCCAUGACCUCUUGAUCCUGGUCGUGUUGGCUACAUGUGGGAGUCCUUUUUUGACCCAAUCAAUAAAGAGGGUAAGGAAAGGCAGUGCAGGCAGUGCUGUGAAUGUAACUUUUCCCUGUUAUUGAUGAGGUAAAUCCCAUGACCUCUGGUCAGAUUAUUUUCCAUUUGAUCAGGUCGCUCACCCUUAAAGUAUCCGAGCCUUCCAGACAAAGCCUGAGAUGCAAUGACACCCUGGGACACGGAGAAGCUUAAAGUAAAUGUGUAUCUUUUUGGUUCUCAGCUUGCCUUCAUAGUGUGAAUAACAAUAAUGGUAACCUUUUCAUCGCAAUUACCGCGGUUCUGUGUGUAUCUUCGGAGGUGUGAGCGGUGCCUAGCUUUUCAGUUACUAUUUUUAGUCAUUUGUUCCUCUCCGUUUUCACUACUUUGAUUAACAAACAACACUUCAGAGAUUCAUGCAAGCAAAGUCAGCUCAUUUACGAUGCAGCUGUUCUCAGUGUAUUUGGCCCUCAUUAGCAUGCCCAUUUUCUCACAAUCCCCCCCUCCAUCCUCACUUGAGAAAUCUCUCUCUCAGUGCUCACUCUGUUUAAUAUGUUAGCAUGGCUCCACUGCGUUCUGCUCUCUCUGAUGUGUGAUGCUGAUUGAUAUCACCAGCGAUUGUUACAGAGUACCAACCAGAUGCCUCAUCAGCAGAGGCUGACACAUUGAGGUCGAGUCGGAGCGUUCCUCAGACUGACAGGGUGUACCUCGCAGUCUCAGGUCUUGUUACUUGUAGGUGGCUGAUUGUCUUCCUUAAGCACGUGGUAACCGGGAAGUACAGCUGCUCUCAUCAGCCGCUGAGUGAAAGCAAUGUUACAGCUGUUAUAACUGAUAUAGACGGUUUUCUAAAUGCUGGGAGGACCACACUCUUAUUUACAUUAACCUCAAAAGUAUUAGGACAGAGGCA